CACACCUGCCAGCCGACCCCCACCCCAAGUUCUCAGCAUUCCUGUUUUAUGCUGUGCAGAGGGGAAGACAGCGCCCAUGAGGGAGUUCAAAGUUGUGGUUUUAGGGAGUGGGGGGGUGGGUAAGUCAGCCUUGACCGUGCAGUUUGUCACUGGGACAUUCAUCGAGAAGUACGAUCUCACCAUCAAAGACUUCUAUCGCAAGGAGAUCGAAGUAGACUGUUCCCCAUCAGUACUUGAAAUCAUGGAUACCGCAGGGACAGAACAGUUUGCUUCCAUGCGAGAUCUCUACAUUAAAAAUGGCCAAGGCUUCAUCCUAGUUUACAGCUUGGUAAACCAGCAGUCUUUCCAGGACAUCAAGCCAAUGAGGGACCAAAUUGUCCGUGUGAAGAGGUAUGAAAAAGUUCCUCUCAUUCUAGUGGGGAAUAAAGUCGACCUGGAAUCAGAGCGGGAAGUUUUGUCAGCGGAAGGCCGAGCUCUGGCUCAGGAGUGGGGCUGCCCUUUCAUGGAGAUGUCUGCCAAGAGCAAGACCAUGGUGGACAAACUGUUUGCAGAGAUCGUGAGGCAAAUGAACUAUGCAUCCCUGCCUGAAAAGCAAGACCAGUGUUGUACAACUUGCAUUGUCCAGUGAGAAAGAAAGCGGAACCUCAAUCAUGGCCAUACAGAGCAGAUGAAACUCAGAGGAAAUUUACACAGAUGCUGCUCUGGAGAACUCUUUUCAGCGCAGGCUGCAGAACUGAGCCUUGCUAAAAUCCUGUCUCUCUUUAGAGCACUUUUCCAGGCAUCGAGUGCAAAAAAAAAAAAAAAAGUCGGCAGCGAGUGGAGAUCCGUAGGCCUGCAACAGAAUCGCUUAGCAUGUUUACCAUACGUUUUGGAAUUUGUUCGUUAUCUCUUGGUCCUCUCUUGGGUUUUUUUUUUUUUAGCUUUCUAAGUUCUUAUUAAUGGCUAAUAUG